AUGCCGGACCAGGUCGAGUACAGACAAAUGCCGAGGGAGCCCGCGCCCGCCGUGGUCAUUGAACCCAGAAUCAGCUCCGAACAACCCCGUCUGGCUGAACCCAUGGCCGUAGAACAACAACCAAUGUCCAUCCGAGGAGGCAAAGGCGAUGGCGGAGCCAUCUGCUGCGGCAUCUGCGCCGGCCUUUGCUGUUUCGAGUGCCUCGACUGCUGCUGCUGCUGUUGCUAG